AUGUCGGGGCAGGCUUCGGGCUGCGGUUUCCUUAUGUCGGUGGUGGUUCACGGAGACUCGACCCUGAACGAGCAGGAGAAGGAGCUGAACCAGAGGCUACGGCGUCUCUACCCCGCAGUCAACGAGAACGAGAGCCCGCUGCCUCGCUCCUGGAGUCCCAAAGACAAGUUCAGCUACAUCGGCCUGUCCCAGAACAACCUGCGGGUGCAUUAUAAAGGACAUGGAAAAACGCCCAAAGACGCUGCUUCGGUACGGGCCACACACCCUAUCCCCGCAGCCUGUGGAGUCUACUACUUUGAGGUGAAGAUCAUCAGCAAGGGCCGCGACGGGUACAUGGGCAUUGGUCUAUCAGCGCAGGGCGUCAACAUGAACAGGCUUCCAGGUUGGGACAAGCAUUCGUAUGGUUACCACGGAGAUGAUGGCCACUCCUUUUGCUCCUCCGGCACUGGCCAACCGUAUGGCCCUACUUUCACCACGGGGGACGUGAUCGGCUGUUGUGUCAACCUGAUCAACAACACCUGCUUUUACACAAAGAACGGCCACAGUCUAGGUAUUGCCUUCACAGAUCUUCCACCGAACCUGUACCCGACGGUGGGCCUGCAGACCCCGGGGGAAGUGGUGGACGCCAACUUCGGCCAGCACCCGUUUGUGUUCGACAUCGAGGACUACAUGAGAGAGUGGAGGAGCAAGAUCCAGGGCCAGAUCGAACGCUUUCCCAUCGGCGAGCGCGAGGGCGAGUGGCAGUCCAUGAUUCAGAAAAUGGUGGCGUCGUACCUGGUGCAUCACAGCUACUGCGCCACUGCUGAAGCCUUCGCCAAAUCCACGGACCAGGCUGUGCACGAGGAGCUGGCGUCCAUCAAGAACAGACAGAAAAUCCAGAAGUUGGUGUUGUCGGGGAGAAUGGGGGAGGCCAUAGAGACCACCCAGCAGUUGUACCCCAGCCUUCUGGAGAGGAACCCCGACCUGCUCUUUAUGCUCAAAGUGCGUCAGUUCAUCGAGAUGGUGAAUGGCACAGACAGUGAGGUGCGCUGUCUGGGCGGUCGCAGCCCUAAGUCUCAGGACAGUUACCCCGGUUCCCCCCGGAGCUUCAGUGGACCCCAGCCCUACCUCACAGGGUUCGACAGUAACUGCUGUAACGGAGUGACGUCAAAGACCCACAGCUCUCCCCACAGUCACAAGCCCUGCCCUGGCCCCGGCUCAGCCCCUGCCCCUGCUCCAGCCUCUGCUCUGGACGUCAGCCUGAACGGCAGCCGCAUACAGACCUGCUCCAGUAACGAUGUGGAAAUGGAGGUGGACCACGUCACUAACGGAGUCUCAGAACCCACCAAUGGCUUCCUGAACGGCAGCUCCAAGCACAGCGUGGACACGGAGGACUGCGACGCAGACAUGGAGGUGGAGUCUGUCCAGUCCAAGAGGCAGCUGUGCGGCGGCAGCCAGGCUGCCAUCGAGCGAAUGAUCCACUUUGGACGAGAGCUGCAGAGCAUGAGCGAGCACCUCCGCCGUCAGUGUGGCAAGAGCUCCACCAACAAGAAGAUGCUCAAGGACGCCUUCAGCCUGCUUGCCUACUCGGACCCCUGGAGCAGCCCUGUGGGGUACCAGCUGGAGGCCAUUCAGAGAGAGCCAGUCUGCUCCACACUCAACAGUGCAAUAUUAGAGACUCACAACCUGCCCAAGCAGCCUCCCCUGGCCCUGGCCAUGGGGCAGGCCGCCCAGUGUCUGUCUGUGAUGGCCCGCACCGGGACGGGCUCCUGCGCCUUCGCCUCUGUGGACCAUUACCUGCACUAG